AUGUCCCAGAUUGACCCGAAUGGUCUCUUCCCCGACGUCGACGUCCUCUGUGGCAUGCCUGAGCUCGGCGGUGUGGCCGCUUGCGAGUUCCAAGUCCUCCAGAACGACUCGAGCAAUUGUGCUUUCAUUCUCGAUUUGAAAGAAGAACAACCUCCCUAUGGACUCCCGAAUCAGUUAUAUGCACGGAUCAGAAAGUCUGAGAAGAAUGAACCCCUUCUUGCAACUGCUGCGCUGCAGAAGCUAGCCUACGCCGUACUUCCUCACCUGGUCCCGAAGAUCUGGGGUUCUGGACAUAGCCGAACGGACGACGGCACCGUUAUUGCUUAUGUUCUCUCCCAAGUCUACCCAAACGCCUGUACGCUUGAGUCGGUCUGGGGUGAUCUUGACGACAACAAUAGAGCAAAGCUCAUUGACAACCUUUUCGAGGCAAUCUCGAAGUUGCGUCGUGUCUCAUUACCGAAGCUAAGCUAUGAGCAAAGAAAAAUUUUCCGCAACACGCCAUUUGAGAUAAAAGACGCAGAGAAUCCCAUUUCCGUCGGUGGUCCAUCUUAUGGUUAUCAUAGCGGCAUUGGCUCUUUUCUGCAAGACAACCUCUACCCCAGAGACGCGGAGUCUACGGUCAACACAAAGCCCGAUGGGACUGUGGUCGUCAGCGUCUACGCCCCCAAAGAGGAAUCUUUUGGCUUCCCCCAGACGGAUCUAGAUGUGCUAACGCAAAGCUCCAUCUUUUGCCACAACGACUUAGAGCCCUGCAACAUCCUUGACGAGGCAGGCUUCGUUCCCUUCGCCUUUGAGGUUGGUCGCAAAGACUCCCACCUGGGCCUCCAGAACGUCACCUGGAGUUGGUAUGACAUGUACCGGCAACUUGCGGCACAUCAUCUUCUGGACACUCCAGGUCACUCCAUUUGGUCAAAACUGAUUCGAUGCCUGAUGUCUGUUGCUGCUUGCCACCAGGACAGUGAGGGAUCGACCACGGACGGCCAAGCACAGAGGCUGUGGCAGGAAAAGGAAAAGAUUACAUUCUCUACACUUACUGAAGAAGGAUGGGUGAAGAUGGGUGGCAGUGAAGUCUUCAACUUCAAGGUCGAAGAAAAUGAACAGUACCAGGGAUGA